CUGAAGCAGAAGCCAAAGUGGGAGAGAAACCAGAAUGGAAAGGGCGGGUGAGAAAGGGAGAGAAGAGAAGCUAUGCAAAAGGUGCAAACAGAUGUACAGUCCCUCUUCAAACGACUCUGCUUCAUGCCGCUUUCACCCUUCCUUCUUCGUCUGCCGUCGCCAUGACGACCAGAAGAGGAUGAUGCAAGAUCUAGUUUCCCUGCCAAUGUUUGAUGGGUACUACGAAUUGGGACCAGACGAUCCUCCCUAUGCUGCCAAGUUCUAUGACUGCUGUGGGGCUGAGGACCCUGAGGCGUCUGGCUGCACCACCAGUUUCCAUGUCUCUUAUGAUGACGAUUAAUGGAAUACUGAUACUGACUACCUCUCUUCUUUGUGUCACCUCAAAUCUUAACUAGAGAUCAAGUAUGUACGAACUUACAUCCAUCUUCGUUACUUCACUUGUUUUCAUCUUCAAACCGGUUUUCUGUCUACAAUUAUGUCGUACAAGUACUUGAUGUUUAUCCUUGAUCUUAAUACUCGGUAUUCUUUGUGAUCC